AGUGCAUGCGGUUGUCGCUCGCUCUCGACGCACAUAGCGCGCGUGUGCACACAAAAAAGGCAGUUUUGUAUAACCAACAAAACGGUUCUAGUGACAACAAAAAAAGUAAGCGCGACUACAAGAGUUUUUCGUUCUAGAAGUGUACUAACCUCCAAUUAAAAAGAAGACGGGUGAUACGCGAGUGCGGUGUUGUUAAUUUUUUUAUCUUGAUUAAAACAAUGCGCGACUGAUGGCCGUGAGGAUGCACCGCUGCUGGCUGGUCCUCUUGCUGCCGCUGGCGCUGUUCGUACAUGACGCCAAACCCCAUGCACCUCCUCCUCGUAUCCAAGGUCCAUCGGCGGAUUUCAGCGCGCGCAGGAGUGUCAAGCCACGAAUUUACCACGCCAGGAGCAAACGCGAGAUCACCAGCACCAAAGAGAGCGACACCGAUCACGCGGACGUGCUGAGCGUGGGCCUUGAGCUCGACGGCCAGAGUCGUGUUCUCGACCUGAGGCUCAACUCCGACCUCAUACCCGCGGGCUACAAAGAGCGCCACCAGCAUCGCGGCGACUACAAGACCCACGUCCCUCGCAAAGUGGAAUUAUGUCACUACCAAGGCAGCAUGAGAGACAUGCCGGGUUCGUGGGCGGCAGUCUCGACGUGUCACGGCCUCAAAGGCGUCAUCUUCGACGGCGACAAUCUGCACUACAUACAGCCCGAACAGGAGUCGCUCGACUCCAGACACUAUCUCUACAAGCACUCCGAUCUCAUAGCUAAUAAUAGUUGUGGUUACAGAGGCACUGCGCAUCACAUCGCGAACGAGUUGGUCGCCGCGGCGAGGGCAAAAAGAUCGACGAGACACAAACGAGCGAGCGAAGCGAUACGCGGGCCGUACAACGCGAACAGGCAGUCGCGCUACGUCGAGCUCGUUCUCGUCGUCGACAAGAACGAGUACACGGCCUUAGGUGAAAAUCUCACCCGUGUGCAUCAACAUUGUAAGGAUAUCGCCAACAUCAUCAAUGCCCUCUACACUCCGCUCAAUAUCUUCAUUGCGCUGAUUGGCGUUGAAGUUUGGACGGACGCCGAUGAGAUUCAUCUUAUGAGUAAUGGUGACACAACGCUCAAUAACUUCCUGCAGUAUCGCAGAGAACGAUUGGUCAAGACUAUUCCCAAUGACAAUGCGCAAUUGCUGACGAAAAUCCAAUUCGACGAGGGAGUAGUGGGCAAAGCAUUGAAAGGCCCGAUAUGUACGUAUGAAUUCUCUGGCGGUGUGUCGGUCGACCAUUCGAACGUCGUGGGACUGGUAGCUGCAACUAUGGCCCAUGAGAUGGGUCACAACUUUGGCAUGGAGCACGACUCGUCUGAUUGCAUCUGCCCCGAGGAGAGGUGUAUAAUGGCUCCGUCAAGCGGCUCAUCUGGUCCGACUCACUGGUCGUCAUGCUCCUUGGAAUACCUUGCGUUAGCCUUCGAGCACGGUAUGGACUACUGCCUUCGCAAUAAGCCAAAACGUCUGUUCGAUAGUCCAAUUUGCGGGAAUGGUUUCGUCGAGCCCGGCGAACAAUGCGAUUGCGGUUUGGUAGAGAACUGUGACAAUCCGUGCUGCGACGCCUUGACUUGUAUGCUACAUACUAACGCAAGCUGUGCCACUGGAGAAUGUUGCGAUCUCAAGACUUGUAAACCGAAAACUGCUGGCACCGAGUGCAGAUCAGCUGAUCAAGAAUGCGAUUUGCCAGAAUAUUGCACGGGACAAAGCGAAUAUUGCCCGAAAGACGUGUUCAAGAUAGACGGAGAGGCGUGUAAUAUGGGCAAAGCGUAUUGCUAUCAAGGUAGUUGUCGAACUCACAACGAUCAGUGUAAGUUGCUGUGGGGGCCCACAGGUUCUUCGUCGGAUGUAUUAUGCUACGAUAUGAAUAACAAAGGCACGAAGAAUGGCAACUGUGGGUUCAAUCGCACAGGGAAUAAUUACGUCAAAUGUCACGACCAAAACGUUCUCUGUGGCAUGUUGCACUGCAAGCAUUUAAACGAAAGACUGGAAUUCGGCAUGGAGUCUGUAUCAACUCUCAGCCAUUCAUUUAUAAAUAGUCAAGGCAAAAUUAUUGCCUGUCGAUCAGCAAUUGUCGAUUUGGGACUUAACCAGGUAGACCCCGGAUUGUCUCCUGAUGGUGCUAAAUGUGCUCCCGGAAAGAUGUGCGUUAACCAAAAGUGUAUGCCAGUCGCUGAAUUACGAGCUUCGUUCCCCAACGGUAAAGCUUGUCCAAACGGCUGCAGCGGUAAUGGGGUGUGCAAUAGCUUGGGGCAUUGCCACUGCAAUCGUGGCUUUCAACCGCCCGACUGCACUCAGCCUGGAGUUGGUGGCUCUUUGGAUAGCGGUCCGGCCGAUGACCCGAACGCGAGGAGCGAAUACGUAAUGAGUCUAUAUAUAAUAUUCCUGGGCAUUGUGCCGACGAUAGCAUUGGUGUCGUUUGGAGUAUGGUACGCCCGCAACAAUGGAGGCGGUAACCAGUGGAAGAAGGCCACGGCCUCGAAUCCGAUCUCAACGUUGACGCGAGGCUUCGGCUUCGGCGGGGGUAACACCCACCAGCAACAACCAGCGCAUUACCGCGGCAGCUGUAGCACUGGCAUUCAGCGUUCAGUUGUGCAUCCAGUGUCUCGUGGUGGCGAACCACUCGACUCGCGAGGACUGGCAGUAGCUCAAGCUGAUCCAGCCUGCGCCAGUCUGCUGCCCAAGAGCGAUACGGACGAACGCUUCAACAACAACUUCUUCGGCCAGUUCAAGGGCUUCAGCAUUACUCCGUUGACGACAAAGGAGUCGCCGCGGAUGAGAGCCGCGCCAGCACCACCUACAUGCAACGGCGGUCCCGCCUUCAUGGCGACCACCGUGCCUAUCAAGACCCACAUCAAACCCAUUCAGAGGAGCAGCUCUUUGAGACAGGCGCCAACCAUUGAUAGAGAAGACGAAGACGUCGUCGAUGACGUACCCAAGCUACCACCUGCGUUGCCACCACCAAACGUCGGCAGCACAGCCAAACCACUAAUCAGCAGUCCUAUUCUUGCGGCAACUACCUGUACCUCGGUGGAUCUGCCGAAGGUUCCAACGAGACCAGCACCGGAUAUACCCACGAUAUUUGGUGCGGGCCAAUCAGCCACCGUCGCCAAGUCGGUUGGCUGGAAGGUUCAGCCAACCAAGCAGGAAACCACCGUCACUUUUGCCUCAGCGGAAAAGGAAAAAGACAAGGUGGCUAAGUGCCUAGGUUUGGCUAUCGACAAUGCCUCGACCAGUGGAGAAUCGAGGCGAGGUCCCGGUCCAACUGGCAGUAGCACGCUCACCAGGAUAGCCUCGAUGCUCUACCCCAUGGUCAGAUCUAAUUCGCAGAACGAGGGCACGCUCAAGUACCACACAAAUUCCCUGCCGAGGACGCAUCACAAGGCUAGUAAAAUGCUGGACAAGGAAAUUCUGCGGAGUCUCGAAAUCUCGAAUCCUAUUCCGCAGAAGAAGAUUGAGAUCCUGACAGCGACGAUCCCCGUAAAACCUGAGUUGGGCUCCGAGCAGGACAAAGCGAGAAACGUGGUUAUGCGUGCUCAGUCGAUGCGCGACAAAGUUACGCCCAGACCGACCAUUCACUCGUUCGGCUCGAUGAGACAGCCAAAUAAAAGGCCUACGAGUAUCGCUGCCACCGUGAGACCGACUUCGCCGCCACCAAUACCGCCGGUGAAAGUUGACGAUACGGCGAAAAAGCCUGCGCUGAUAAUCGACAGUAGCAGCAAGACCGAUAAUGCCUACGAUGACUGUAUGAACUUGAUAGCGGACGCGAAAAUGGGCAAGAUUGUCGAGGAAUCACCAUCGAACGAUAAUAUUUAUGCUGUUAUCGAGGAAUCGCUGCCGGAAAAGGGAAAGAAGUCAGCUGCCAUUACAGCGCCAAUCGAGAGUGAGUACAAAACGCCAAAGAGUAUAGAUCCGAAUGCUGCUGGAGGAUUACUGUCGGAGAUCGUCUCGGAGAUAUCGAAUAGAAACUUUGACUCAAUAUACUCCACUAAGACGAUCAGUCCCGAGCCCAAGCUACCGAAUACUGGUACUUACGUAAAUACGCCACACUACAAGUCGCCCGCAAAUAGCGUCUACUCUAAUUCGACCACAAGUUCCGGAUAUUUGAGCCCGUCCGCGGUCAACGUACCGCCCAGCAGCAGUGAUAAACCCGAAAUCAAAGACGCGAAGAAAGAGACGACGAGUACUGUCAAGCCUAGCUACGCACCGUUCAAACCCACGCAUGUGAAUAUGAGCAUAAUCGCGGAAAAAAAGAAAGAAGAGCCAAAGACGGCAUCGAUGAAGCCAGGUUUCAGUCGUACUAAAACGCCACCUGGUAUAAAGAAAACGACAACGACGACGACGAUGACGACAACGACAACGACAACGACGAUGACGAGUACGACAACGAAUCGGCCGACAAGUCGACAAAACUCUGACUCGAGCUUGAAGAGUUCUAAGAGUAAUAGUUCGCACACGGGAAAACUCAACAGUCCUGAUCUUGUAUCGAGUUGCAAUUCGAAUACGACGAACAAAUCGCCGGAUGUUCUGAGUAAAACAAAGACGUCCACGCUGCCUAAGCAGAAGAGUGUCACAACUCCACCAAAGCCAUCGAAUCUUGCGACUAAAACUGCCAGUUUCGCCGAAAAGCCGUCGGCUAAAUCCACUGUAGCAUCAUUGCAGCAGAAAUUUGAACAGAGUAACAACAAAUCAGCUACCGCUGGCACCCUCACUAGGAAAAAACCCUCAACUAUAAGUCCAGUUAAAAAAUAGACUUUUGCUUUUUUUAGAGAGAUGAUUAAUGCCAUGUUGCGUGUGUAUCUGAUUGUUUUAGUGCGUAAAAAUACGUAUUUUUAUGUUCAAAAUAGAUCAAAUAAUCAAAAGCUACAAGACGACAGCAUAUUUCAAAUCGGUAUUACUCGUUCGAUGCUAUUUUACUAUCAAUGAUAUGAUAAGUUGUAUUUUCAUAGAUUGUAAAUCACUUGUUCACGCGGUAAUAUUGAUAGUAGUUAUAUCUAUAUCGCUAGAUAGGGGAUAGCGAAAAUUCAUAAAAAUUAAUUCCCACACAAGACAUUGCAAUAUCGUUUUCACAUACGCGUGCGUGAGCGCGCGCCCAUGUAUAGUAAAGCAAGCUAGAACCACUUUCAUCGUUAAACGUAAGAGAUUUCUAGUCUUUGGCAAAUUCAAGUGUAUGCUUAAGAAACUGUUUUCAAAACUGAAAUUACAUUUAUACCAAAUACAAAGCGUUUCUAUUGCUCGGUGCUCAUAGUUGAUUUAUAGCCAACACAAAUAUAUCAGUGUUGUUCGAUAUCUACGAUAUUUAAAUGAAGCACAUUGACACGCCUGUAAAUAAACUAUGUAAAGAAGGUAUGUCUGUGUACAUAGAAAUAAGUAUAUAUGCAGUAUUUCCAAAACGGAUAAUAUCUCAUCUAUGAGAAUGUUCUGUAGAAAAUAUAUGGUAGCUAGAGUUUUUGUAAUGAAAAAAAUAUAUAGUUUUACGGUAAAAUGACAUAUUUUUAUGCUAUAUGAUGAAACUAAACAUUCUGUGAUAUUGAUUAUGGAGUACGCGUAAAAGAAUGAUAAAGCGAAUUGCGCAGCUAAUUAAAUGUGUAGAUCUGAUUUAUUGACGAAUAUUUAACGUUGCUAAUGACUGCCUAGGAUGACGUUAUGAAAAUGGAUUUUCUUUUUCGUCAAAAUUAUAAUGCAACUUCAAAUAUUUAUUUGACUGAUUUUUGUAAAUAUGUUCAUAGGUUAAUUCUGUAAGUUCAUUGUGCAUAUUAAUGUUUGUAGCGUUUUCACAUCAUAAAACUUAUUAUACUUUAUUGUUGUUCUAGAAAAAAGUUUUGUAUUCAAACUAUACCAUGGUGAUUCCAUAUUAGUUUUAGAUAAUAUUCAACUUUCAUACACCUACGUAUCAUUUUCUAGCUAGCCUGUUUUUUCAUUAUAAUAGUAUAAUGAGAUCCUUAAUACUGUUACGUUAUAAAUCUUUCAUUCUUUAGAAUCAUUUAUGAUCAAAAUAAUUGUAGAUAAAAUCUUAUAUUGACUCUGAAAUAUUAAUACUUUGAUAAAAAUUGCGUACUAUUGAUUGAAUGGUCGUUUGACAAAACUUUUUUCUACAUUUAUAUAUGUACUAGUUAUAAAAAUAUUUAUAGUAAUUUUUGCUUAUAUUUUGUAUCGGCAUUAUUCAUGACAAUCAAAAACUAAGCUCUUAAUUUGCUUACAAAUAAAACAUGUUAAUU